CCAGGGGACACAGGAGGAUGUGUGGGAGCUCAGGGUUUGGGGUUCAGCCUGCUGUCUGUGGCUCUGCUCACGACUCCCCCAGAUGCCCGGCAAGGUGACCACUGGCAGCGACAUCGGGCAGGCCCGCUGGGCCGUGGAGCAGCUGCAGAUGGAGGUGGGCAUCAACCGUGUAAAGGUGAGGCCAGGGCAAGGCGGGUGCAUCUGAGCAAGGGGGCAGGUGGACAGCCCAGCCCAGGUCUGGCUAACCGGGCUGGCCUGCAGGUAUCCAACGGCCGCUGACCUGCUGCAGUUCUGCACGGAGCAGGCCGAGAGUGACCCCUUCCUCGUCGGCAUCCCAGCUGCCACCAACCCCUUCAAGUAGAAGAAGCCCUGCACCAUCCUAUGA